AAACUCAGAUCAUGACAGUUCACCUACAUCUUUCACAUCGAAAAUAUACUUAUAAUAUUUCGUCUACUGAACAACGUCGAACAGAACUUUCGGAUUACUUGAAAAAUCAAAAAAUCGAAAAAAUCGAAAAAAUCAACUAAAUUAUAAAUUCAAAGAGCAAUAAUGUCCUCGGGCCAAGAAGCCACUUUGCCGGAGGACCUCGGGCGUCAUCUGGAGAGACUGCGGCGCACCAAACGCGAGCUGGUCGAUGAGGUGAAGGUCCUGCAUAAGCGUGUGCUCAAGAUCGAGAACUGCCUGGAGCUGCUUGAAGGUCGCACCGACGAUCUACCCUGCACGUUCUGCAGGGGCCUGGUCUACCAGCAGAGCACCGUCCGAGCGCUGCGCGAGGGUCUGUCCGCCAGCCUCGCCGUCAAUGGGGAUUUGUACAGCGGUGCCCAUGGCCGGCUGAUGAGCCUGCAUGAGCAGAUACGUCUGGCGGAGGGGGCUAGUAACCAAAACAACCGCAGAUUUGGCGCGCCUGAAGGCUGAAGCUGGCAGACGCCUUAAAGAAGAAUCUUUUCAUUUUGCUCCCCCUUCUAUUGAUAUGUUUUUCUUUGUUUCAACAAUACAAAACGCCCACAAAA